UUUUGUGACAAAAUACAAUUACAGUUGUACAACACGACAGAUAUUUUUUUCUUAUCGUAAAAACAACUUUAAAUGGCAUCAUAUGGCUCAGUUCCAGAUCUAAUUAGUAGUAGCGUAACGGUAGAUAUUGGAAAAGGCUAUGUCUCUGAUGAUGGCAUGAAACAGACUUCUACCACUGAAACCAUAUACCCAUUUGUCAGUCCACAGAAAUCUUUCAUCCGUACAGUCACAGCUGCAUUUCAUUCUAUACUACGCCUGAAAGAGACUAAGAAGAUUUUAGUGUUCCUGGCAUUGAAUGUAUUUGGUACGGCAACGUUGUUGGUAUGGUGUCAUGACACUAACAGUAUGGGUAAUGGUCGACUGCUGGUAGGUGUGAUGUUUGCCUUCUUACUGCACAUGUUCCUGGUGUAUAGUGUUGAUAACAAGGCAUUAAACCAUGUGAUGAGGGCAUCUAGUUCUAGCUGGCUACAGGAACAUACCACAGAUAUCAGUGAAAGGUGA